UAUUUGUUGGAGACGCGUCGUUUUAGAAAAUUAUUAUUUUUUUCUAAUUCGGUGAAAACUUUUUUUGAAAAACCCUCUAUGUUAUGCAUGUUAUAUUAAAGGGCAUUAAAAUAGAAUAUAGUGACUCCUCUUCUAAGGUCACAGAUCAAUAAGGAGAUGACCAGUUGCAAUUUGGGUAAAUACCAGCAGAACGAUUUUCAUUUCUUUUUAUGGACAUAAAAGAGCAAUAACUCAAAAAUGAGUUGACAUAAAAAAUUAUUGAAGUUUCAUAUAUUUCAUAGUCAAUAUAAAAUGUAAAUCUAUGUGAUCAUAAUUGGCCGAUAAUAGAUCUAUCAACACGUCUGGGAAAGCUAUUAUAUAGUGAAACACGUGUUGGGGUUUUGUAAACCGUUCAGUGAAGGCAUCAUAUUAGAGUGUUACUUGAAUAUAAAUGUAAAUACGUACUAAUUCAAAAAACACUUCAUUGUGAGAUUUUCAUUAAAAAGUUUUACAAAAAGUAACACGUGUUUCGCUAUACAAUAGCUUCUUCAGGCGUGUCUAUACUAGACUAGACUAGACGUGAAUACUAUAUACUUUUUUCGUAACUCCUAUAAGUUGCGUUUGUUAAGGCAGAUAUACAAACGAUAGUUCUUCUGACAAUCCCACAGAAAUUUGAGGAACCUUAAGUGAUACAUAAACCAUUUGUGGACAACUGAAUAAUAUAACACUGAUAAAUAUCUGCAUUCGAAGUGUGAUUUGGUACCUACCUGGUUUCUUUUCAGAUCAUUAGGGAUGAAACCCCAAGUAAUAUGUGGAACAUUAUUGAUGCUGCAGGGCAUCACGACUAUAAUGCCAGUUUCUUUGAACAGGAAUGCAGGUUUUCCACAGAAUAACAAUCACAAAAACAUAUCUUCCUUACUGGAUCACUUGUUGAAUGGUUAUGACAAUAGCGUUCGUCCUGACAUUGGAGGACCACCUGCUGUUAUAGAAGUUGAUAUCAUGGUCAGGAGUAUGGGAUCAAUAUCGGAAAUUGAUAUGACUUAUUCUAUGGAUUGCUAUUUUCGGCAAUCCUGGGUGGACAAAAGGCUGGCUUUCAUGGGAGACUCUGGUGAUACUCUAGCGCUGAGUGUAUCAAUGCUUGCUAGAAUUUGGAAACCGGAUACUUAUUUCUACAACGGCAAACAAUCGUAUUUGCACACCAUCACGACACCCAACAAGUUUGUAAGACUCCAUCAAGAUGGAACGGUUUUAUAUUCAUCGAGAUUAACUAUCAAAGCCGGUUGCCCAAUGAACUUGGAAGAUUUUCCCAUGGAUGUACAACGUUGCCCAUUGAAAUUUGGAUCUUUUGGUUAUACCGACGAAGACGUAAUCUACAAGUGGAAUGGAGCAAGACAAGUGGCAAUAGCUGAAGAUAUGAAGUUAUCCCAGUUUGAUCUGAUAGCUACCCCUGCUGCUAAUCAUACAGAUAAUAUUUACAACAAGGAUGAAACGACAGAUGAGUACUCCAGACUGGUUGUGAGUUUUCAUCUUCAGCGACACAUGGGAAAUUUCCUGAUUCAAGUGUAUGGACCUUGCGUCUUGUUGGUGGUUUUAUCUUGGGUAUCGUUUUGGUUGAAUCGGGAAGCUACAGCUGAUAGAGUUUCUCUUGGUAUAACAACUGUGUUGACGAUGACUUUUCUUGGAAUGGAAGCGAGAACUGAUCUACCAAAAGUGCCGUAUCCUACAGCGUUGGAUUUUUUCGUAUUUCUCUCCUUUUCUUUCAUAUUUGCCACCAUUAUACAGUUUGCAGUGGUACAUUACUUCACUAAAUAUGGCUCUGGUGAAUGCUACUUCAGUUCCGAACUGAGUUCUGAUUCCAGCUCAGAAGAGGACGACUGGACAUACGAUUUGUCAGAAAUAAUACAUUCCACUUCGAAAAUUUCCACUUCUACAGCGAGGGCACAUCGUCAAAAUGAAGAAGUCAUACCCUUGUCAGCUCUGCCGGUACCCCAAAAACGGUCUGAUUCCUUAAGACGAUUUUCUUGUCUUGGGCGUUCUGAAACUACAACUACUCGAAUGUCUCCGAACACCAAAGAUUUUAGCCGACGGUUCUCCUCUCAAAGUAACAGACAACAGAGGAAAAAGAAGAGAACUCCGAGAUUCAACUCUGUAUCCAAAAUCGACAGAGCAUCUCGUGUUGUGUUUCCAGUACUCUUCAUAGCGAUUAACGUGUUUUAUUGGUAUUCAUAUUUGUCUAGAAAUAGUAGGAUGGAACAUGACUGAUUUUCCAAACUAUAAUUGUUAGUCCAGUAACUAUUUUAUUUUCAUUUAUGUUUCAUUUAUUUGUUGCACGAGAUCACUCUUGUCAUAAUAGCACGAACAUCAUAUAUUCAUAUGCAACUUGAGAAUUGAAUAAAAGACUAAAAAUGUGAAA